AUGAUAAAAUUAAAAAUUUGUGAAGCACAAAAACCUAAGCCAGUUUUUAAAUUCACUUAAGCUCUCUCUGAUCCAAAUAUACCAUUAGAAAGUGUUGAAAGUUAAGGACCAAAGACACAUUCUCAUCAGGAAAUAGAUAUUGACAUAGAUCAAUUAAGUUAUUAGAAGAUGUUUUCUUCUAAUGAUAUUGAUUAAGAAUUUGAUUUUUUUGAUUCUAGAAAAUCGAACUCUUAGAUGGGAGUUAGUCCUGGUUUAUCAAUAACUUCUUAUGAUUUAGAAUAAACUGAUAAAGCUUUAGAAAUUUAACCAUAUGGAAGUGUCUCUUAUAAUUAAAGGGAAGUCCCAGAAAUACUUCUAGCUUUUAGAAAAAGAAGAGUUGCUUAAAUUUAAUUUCCAUAGAUUUAAUGUUAAUGUUAAUGUUAAGAAUCUUGCAAAACUUUAUCUAAUUUUUCUUCUCCUGACUUAUCUCCUAUGCAAACAAAGAAAUUACAAAUAAAAUCUUUUAUUGAAGUAUCGCUGAAUGAGAAUGAAGAAGAUGAAAUAUUUAGCGUAUUUGAUGAUGAGAUAAACUAUUAUGGUUCCUUAUCACAAUCAAAAAUAGAUUUUUUGGAUAAUUUACAUAAAUUUUUAGUUUUAUACAAGAUGAGAGCAGGUACAUUUCCAAGACAAAGGGAAAACUUAGAAAAUGAAAUAAUAAUAUCGAUUGCUAUGAAUUUAGCCAAAGUGGAUAAAUAACUAUUUAAAUAAUAUUUUCCAUCAAAGUAGGUAUAUUUUGAUGAUGAAAAUGAUUAUACAAGAACUAAAAAAGUAAAACGAAAGUAAAUUAGAUAACUUACUUAAAUUGAAACUCCUGAUUUUUAAUAUGUGAAGGAUAAAAUUUGA